CGUCAUUUUCACGUAAUUUUCGAUACAACCUAUACUGACGAUUAUAUUUUCUAAAUAUUAUUUUGUUUUAAAUGGAGAAGCAAAGCCGCCAAGUCGCUGAUCGUCCACUUCCAGAGGACUUCGAUAGUUAUCUACCUUGGGCCUGUUUCCAACUAUCUGUAGAUGCAACUGUCAUUAUAACAAGGACCUUCCAAAGUAAUCUAAGAACAUCUGCGGACCGCCAAAAAAAUAAAGCCACUGGCAAAUCUAAAGUAGCUAGUGAAACACUUUCUGAUCCAGAGAGCCUCACAGGGGGCGGAGGUAUUGGUUCAGGAUUUACCAAAGGUAUAAAUAUGCUUCAAAAACCUGUCUACAUCGAAACGACUUAUAACGACUUUUUGCAUUUGGUACAAAUAAAGUUUCUGAAAAACACUGAAAUACCCAGAACGGUUAUGAAAAUCAUUGGUUUUAUACUACCGUACCAGAAAACAUUAACAACGCUUGUAAUCAAUAGCGGACUAAGUGCAGGUGUAAUUCAUGAAAUAGAAAGAUUUUUGCCAACAACGAACAUCACUGAAGUUUGUCUUGACGGUACUACGCUCGUUGAAGCAAAUUAUCACAUUCUCUUAAACAAAGGAAUCAUAAAAUAUCUUUCUUUAUCAAAAUGCAAAAUAAAUGACGCUGUAGUGAAAAAUAUUGCUGCAAAGUUAAUCCCUCCAUGCGCAGCUUCAAAGUCCCUGUCUGCAUUAAAUUUGGCCACGAAUAGAAUCACUGAUAUUGGCGCGAAUCAUAUAGCAAACAUAUUGCGGUACAAUAGACACCUCACUUACUUAAAUUUAUCUGACAAUAUGAUCACAGAUGAUGGAGUAAGUAAAAUCUUUGACAUGUUAUUAGAAUUUCCUCUAACAGAUCGAGAAACGGUUGAAAGAAACAAAAACCGAAUGAAAUACUUACGAGCGAAAAAACAGCUUAUUCUCAAAAACAUUCAGGGCGUGCAAAUGGAUGAUUUUGAAAAAAAAAGUAAAAGAAAAGCGACGAAACCAGCUCUUAGUAAGAAGAAAGAAAAGGUUCAUUCUUUGUCUACUAUAGGCAGAAGUUUGACUGAUAUUGAGCAGCAUCAUUGGGACAAAGCUGGAGUUAUUGCUGAAGGUAUCUUAGGACCUUUCGAUGAUCCCUUCGGUGCAGAUAACACAGAAACGCGAGAAAAUAAAGUAUAUUGUUUUGGGAAUAAUAAAUUGGCAUAUUUAAACCUUGCUUAUAACAACCUGACAUACAGCAGUCUUAAGAGACUGCGUGACGUGGUAAUGACACAAAAUAUUUUACGCAGAAAUCCACACGGUUUGAUCAAUGUGAGGAUCGAAGGUAACUAUUUGCCUGAAGCUUGUACAGAGUUGGAAAUGAUUGAUAAUAUUCUCGAGGCUGGUUUGGCUUCGUAUAAAAGACCAUCAGAAGUAAAUAAGAAGAAAGUUGUUAGUUCUAAGAACAGCUCGAAGCCGUCUUGAUGUCUUAAGGUCUGGCGACAUAAUGUUCUAUUGCUAAUCCAUGUUUUAGUUUAAAAGUUUUUAGCUAUACGGCAAUUUAGAUCUAAUUUUGUAAUAGCCUCCGUUUAGAAUAUUAUGUUAUUUUUAAUGCAAUUUCUAUUUAGAUGAUGUAAUUAUUUAUAAUUACUUAAUUUUUAAUCGUAUUGUUAAUUUUAGACUUACCUUAAUUUACAUUGGUUUGAUUAUAAUCAUAUUUUCAAAUAUUUUAUAGAAAACAUUAAAAAAAUAUGAAAAAGUGUUACUUAACCGGUCGUGAACAUGGUCUAAGCGCUAUGACGAUAUUUAAUUGUAUUUUAAUUUUUAGAUUUGA